GUUUCAAAUCAACACCUCUUCAUUUUCCUCUUUUUUUUUUUUUGUGUUUUCCAAAUCAAUUAUUUCAAUUAUCAGCACGAUCUUAUCCAUUUCUUCAUCUAUUUUUCAUCUUAAUUUUUUGAACCUCAAAUGGCUACAGACUCGAACAACCCCGAGCUGGCUGUCGAGCUUCUUCCUUACCUUCGACUCUACAAAAACGGCAUCGUUGACAGGCUUCUCGGGACACGUGUCACUCCCCCUGGCCUCGAUUCCCGGACAGGAGUUGACUCUAAAGACAUCAUUAUUGUUCCAGAUACCGGCGUCUCAGCUAGGCUUUACCGUCCCACCGUCGUCGACACUCGCCGGAAACUUCCAUUGGUUGUUUAUUUUCACGGCGGCGCGUUUCUUGUAGCCUCCAGUGCUGAACCUAUUUACCAUAAUAAUUGUCUUAUUCCGCUUGCCGCCGAGGCCCAUACCGUCCUCCUCUCGGUGAACUAUAGAUUAGCGCCGGAGCAUCCUCUCCCCGCCGCUUACGACGAUUCUUGGGCAGCGCUUCAGUGGAUUGCCGCUCAGUCUCAGUCCUCCGCCGAUCAGCCCGGGCAUGAGCCUUGGCUUGAAGAGCUAGUUGACUUUGAGAAGAUGUUCUUGGUAGGUGACAGUGCGGGUGGAAACAUCUCCCACCACAUGGCCCUGCGAGCCAAAAACUCGAAUCUGGGGGCCAAAAUCAAAAUUGUAGGAAUCGCCCUAAUUCAACCAUACUUCUGGGGACAGGAGCCCAUUGGAUUGGAGAUCAUUGAGCAUCACAAAAGAGCAGAGGUGGAUAGUUGGUGGAACUUUGUCUGCCCGUCGGAUAGAGGAAAUGACGAUCUCCUCAUCAAUCCCUUCUCCGAUGGGUCACCUGCCAUCGAUGGCCUCGCGGGUGAGAAGGUGUUGGUUAUCGUUGCAGGGAAAGACAUCAUGAGGGAAAGAGGGAAGCUUUACUACGAAACUCUGGCGAGGAGUGAGUGGAAAGGGAAAAUGGAGUUUUAUGAGACGGAAGGUGAGGACCAUGCAUUUCAUAUGUUAAACCCAACUUCCGAGAAAGCCAAAGCCCUUGUCAAACGUUUGGCUUUCUUCCUUAACCAAGAUUAAAGCUUCAAAUUUGUUCUGUUUUAGCGACUAUACUAAACUGAUGAAUUAUAAACACUAUAUCUUCUCAUUCA